GGUAGGGCCGUCUUUGUUGGCGUCUUAGAUUGGUGGGGAGCUAACAAAGUCGCCACCAUGGGGCGCAUGCACAGCAAAGGGAAGGGUCUCAGUCGGUCAUCGCUCCCUUACAAGCGCUCACCAGCCUCGUGGGUGAAGAUCACAGAAGUAGAGGUGAAGGAGAACAUCACCAAGUUGGCAAAGAAGGGCUCCACACCCUCACAGAUCGGUGUCAUCCUGCGUGACUCCCAUGGCAUUGCUCAGGUGGGCGCUGUGACAGGCUCCAAGAUCCUGCGCAUCCUGAAGGGGCUGGGCCUGGCGCCGGAGAUCCCAGAGGACCUUUACCACCUGAUCAAGAAGGCGGUGUCCAUGCGCAAGCACCUGGAGCUCAACCGCAAGGACAAGGACGGCAAGUUCCGCCUCAUUCUCGUGGAGAGCCGUAUUCACAGACUCGCGCGCUACUACAAGAAAGCGAAGAAGUUGCCGCCCAACUGGAAGUAUGAGUCAGCCACAGCCUCUGCCCUUGUCGCCUAAGUGGAUGUAGCUGCAGUGGGAUCGAGGCUGAGCAGCAAGGGGACCAUGCUGUUAGGCGUCUUGGUAGCAUCGUACUCUGCUUACGUCCAUGUGAGGCAUCCGUAACUUCGCUUUUCGACAAUGAGGGCAAGAAGCAGUGUGACGGAGGUGCAAUUUGUAAAAUGGAGAAAUUACAAC